AUGACAGAACCAUCACCUUCCAAACGAAACUCCACCAUAGAUCCAUACAAAAUUCUCAAAAUCAAACUCAACCCCGAUGGUUCCCUAACAAGAAACCCCAUCGUUCCCACCGUACCACCAUCUUCCGAUCCCACCAACUCGCCUCCGCAACCAUCUCUCUCUAAAGACAUUACCUUAAACGCCGCCACAAAAACCUCCAUCCGUCUCUUCAUCCCCCACCCUCCGCCACCUGCAAAACUCCCUCUCAUUCUCUACUUCCACGGCGGCGGUUUCAUCCUCUACCACUCUUCCUCACUGAUCUUCCACCACUCAUGUUCCGAAUUUUCUGCUCAAAUACCUGCCGUUAUCGCAUCCGUCGAUUACCGUCUCUCGCCGGAGCAUCGUCUUCCCGCAGCCUACGACGACGCCGUCGAUUCCCUUCUCUGGCUCAAAUGCCAAGCGCAAAAUCCAAAUGAAUCUGAUCCGUGGAUUAGAAACCACGUGGACUUCGAUAAUUGCUUCUUGAUGGGAAACAGUGCAGGAGCUAACAUUGCCUACUUUGCAGGUCUACGUGCACUCGACCUCGAUCUCUCUCCGAUUAAGAUCCGAGGGCUGAUAUUAAACUCUAUAUUUUUCAGUGGGGUCGAGAGAACGGAAUCUGAGCUUCGUUUAGUUAACGAUCGUAUAUUGCCAUUACCUGUGGGUGAUCUCAUGUGGCGCCUAUGUUUGCCGGAGGGUGCAGAUCGCGACCACGUGUACUGCAAUCCGACGGUUGCGAAUAGCGUAUAUGGUGAGAAGAUCGGACGGCUGCCGAGGUGUUUUGUUAAUGGAUAUAGUGGAGAUCCGUUGGUGGAUAAGCAAAAGGAGUUGGUGAGGAUAUUGAAGGCACGUGGGGUGCACGUGGUGUCGUGGUUUUGUGAGGAUGGGUAUCAUGCCGUGGAAAUCUUUGAUCGUUCUAAAGCGCGGGAUUUGGUUGAUAGUGUUAAGAAAUUUGUAGCUACUCGUCAAUCCUCUUUGUGA